AUGGACAUCCCAGACUGGGCAUGGUUUAAGGUGCUGCUUUUUGUUACAAAGCACUCCUCUGAAGAUCUGUACAGCAUGGCGGGAACAUGCAAGUUAUUUGAACAAAUGCUAAAUGAUCUUGAGUGCAAGGAACACAACAAUCCAGAAAUCAUUUACAGAGAAGCUGUAACUCAAUUCUUCAUAUUCAAAGAAGAUGAGGCUGUCAACAACUUCCGAGUGGCGGCUAAGGCGGGGCAUAUGGAAUCCUCCUACAUUGUUGGCUUGCUAGGGCUGGUGAACCCUACGGAGGGCAAAGAGGAUGCAAUGGAAUUGUUGUGCCAUCUAAGCAAAAAGAAGAAAAUUGACAUGCAAGCAUGCAGGGCAUCAAUUAUGAAUUGA